AACAUCAGCAACAACAUCAACAACAACAGCAGCAGCAGAAGCAGCAAAUGCCAUGGUGGAGCCAGCAGAAUUCCGGUACAACAAGGAUUACGACUACAGGAUCAGACCCAACUUUAACGAGGGUCCCGUCGUUGUGAACUGCAGCAUCUUUGUGGAACACUUCGGCUCGGUGGAAGAGACUACCAUGGACUACGAGGUGACCAUCUUCGUCCGGCAGCGGUGGAACGACCGGCGGCUGUCCAACUCCUUCAAGCAGGAGACCCUGGACCUCGACUACACCACCAUGGACGCGGUGUGGCGGCCCGACCUGUACUUCGCCAACGAGAAGAGCGGCCGCUUUCACACCAUCACCACGGACAACCGCAUGAUGCGCCUACACCGAAACGGGGACAUCUUCCACUCCAUCAGGCUCUCUCUGACUCUCUCCUGCCCCAUGAAUCUGCGCAACUUCCCCAUGGACACUCAGGCGUGCUACAUCUUCCUGGAGAGCUAUGGCUACACCACAGCCGACCUCCUGUUCCAGUGGGUUCCAGGUCAAGCGGUGGAGCUGGCCAAAGACCUCAGCCUGCCCCAGUUCACUCUCAGCAGCAACAUCAAUCUCAGCACGUGCAACAAAUACUACGUUAAAGGGAACUACUCCUGCAUCAGCGCCUGCUUCCGGCUGCGGCGUCAGAUGGGCUUCUACCUCAUCCAGCUCUACACGCCCAGUGUGCUCAUCGUCAUCAUCUCCUGGAUGUCCUUCUGGAUCGACAUGUCCCUGACACCGGCUCGCGUGGGUCUGGGCAUCACUACAGUGCUCACCAUGACCACGCAGAGCAUGGGGUCACGCUCCUCCAUGCCCAAGCUCUCCUACAUCAACGCCAUGGAUGUGUGGAUGACCUCCUGCCUCAUCUUCGUCUUUGCCGCCCUCUUCGAGUUCGUGCUGGUCAUCAUGACGUCAGGGACCUUCAGCAUCCUCAACCAGCACGCGCCGCCCGCCUACCAGGCCGACGCCCCAGGGAUCAAGAGUGAAGGUUCUGACACGGUAAAGUGCAACACAAACACAAAUAUCCCCCGUGUAGUCCUCAAAAGGCUGUCGGGGAAAGUGCCUAUGAAGGCCGGGAACGGCACACGAGGGGAUGGGUGGCCAGCAACACGCCCACCCGGCCGCCUUUGUCUCCCCAGUACCGAUGAUUUUUACACAUCGCACCAGGUACCAAUUUGAGGCUGAGUCGAUCUUUAGGGGAUGGAGGCCCAGGACAGGUUCAGUUAAUCGUCACUGAUGGUGUUGGUGGCCUUGAGCGGGAAUCGAAAUCGGGUCUCUGUCGAGUUCAUAGGACAGCGUAGCGCUAACUGCUGUGCCACCACUAAACCCCACCCCCCCCAGUUCUCUCUCCGUGCGCCCGGCAGUGUAAAUGGGUUCACCACAGUACGAUGAUCGGUAGGUCACGUGUGGUGGUGAUGGUGGUGGUGGAGUAAAUUGUGGUCAACUGAUGGAAAAUGAAUAGGGUGCUUUACCCAUUCCGGUAAUGCUA